AUGUUCUUGAGUUUGCGCCUUUGGCUGGACAAACAAACGCUGAAGAAACUGAAACAAGAAGCGUUGGUGGAGACCGUAGUGAACAGUAUGAGCCUAGCAUUGCAAGUGAGCCUGAGUUGUUUUGCCAUGAACACUAUGAAUCAGACAUGGAACGGCGUGAUCAUGUUGAACGUGGCUGGGACAGCGACUAUGGGUUUGAACAUGUUGGAGAUGCCCCUUUCGAGGAGCAUACAAAGGUUGACAGCUUUGGAACCUCCACUGUGGAAAGUCUUACAGUACCUGUCCUCAGUGGCGCUGCCUGAUCUGGACAAAAUUAGAACAACCACCGUGGGGCCUUCGUCUUCAAGCGUCCUGAGCCUUACAGACGGAGUGCAGCCAGCAUACAUGAGUGCAGUCAAGUGCUUGAAAGAUUUGGAUUACAUUGAUGAGAAACGUGCGCAGAUGACAUUGGCUACUUCACACUGGCUAGAGCUUCUUUCUUUGGACUGGAAGGCUUCACAGGUUGGAGAACAGGUUGCAAUGGACCUGCAAGCAGAUCCAAGUGGCGACACGGCUGAACAGACCUUGCGUGCAGUCUUUGGAACUAAGUCUGCAACAACUGUGUUGAAAAGGGCUGCAAGUUUCAAGCAGUACAUCGUUUGGUUUCACAAGACUUGUCUGAGCACAGACACAUACCUAUGUCCCCUGCCAUUGAUGGAGGAGGACGUGUGGAGCCCCACCAUUGGAGGUGGAGCAUCUCAAGCGCCUUACGACAUUUUGAGUUGUGUAGAGGAUGUGAUUGCCCGCAUAGGUUGCAGAGGAGUUGACAGCAUCCGGGCACAUUCAAUGAAGGUCACAUUAUGCGUUUGGGCUGCUCGGGCUGGAUUCAACAAGGAUCACUGGGCGGCACCAUCAACACCAGUGCCUGUUGCAGCACCUGAGACAGUACUUCAACAGGAUGACAUGCAGUGCAAGGUUGAACAGGACUUGAACGCACUUUGCCUCGAGGAUGAGGACAGCUCCAGCGAGCAUUUUGCAAAUGCCAUGCCAGAUGUGGAUACUUUCUUGCAGGGCGCUUUGGGGAGGCCCCCAGUGAUAGCAGAGAACAACGCAGUGAGGCGCUUAGCCUUCGAAGACCAAACGUUGCUGGUUGCAAGCCUUCGUCAGAUAGUUGACCAGAAAGAAGAAGGGGCUCCCAAACGUAUUGGGACUGCUGAACGUGAGACAAGAAUGGCAGCAAUCAGGGUAGACUUGGCAGGUAUCAUGAUAUCAGAUGAAAACGAACCUUCCCAUGCUCUACUUGAAAAGGCGUGUCAGAUAUUUGAGACCAACACGCUGCGAUACCUUGAACCUGCAGUUUGCACUUCUCGUUCACAAGAGGUUCAGGGUAGAACGAAAACAAAGGAGCUUGCAUUUGAAGGUGGGUCGUUGAUUGUGAAGGACAAGGACGACAAGCUCGUUGCACCAACCUCAAGCGAGUUGCAAUUCUUGAAUGCCAUGACCAGGAGAGGUGUUUCAAUGAAGUUUGCUCGCCUCAUGACCUUUGAGCAGCACACCAUGUGGACCAGUUUCUUGCUUCAAGCUUUGCAGAGGGAACCUCCACCUGGUUACAGUAAACCCGGCUUGCACCAGCUGAUGCUGAGCGACAAGGCGGCAUUCACCAAGCUUGAACCGGACGUGCUGCGGCUCACUGGACCGGCGCGGCGGCAGCCAUGGCGAAAGACCGUGGAGCUCCUGCCCCUUCUCCAGCAUCGUCUGCUCCGUCACGACAUCGUCUUCCUCGGCGCGUGCGCAUCCUCCGCCGCAGACGCAACGGCGUGGCGACAGACCGUGGCGCUGGUGACGGGCGGGCGACGCCAAGGGCUGGCAAGCUCUGUGGCGCAGAAUGUGGCUCUGGGUGUUGCUGGGACCUGGCAGAAGGGGCACCACAUGCUCAGUGGCUUCCAGGGCCUGACUCUCCGACGGGAUGCCGUUUCCUUCAGCGUGGCCCUGCGACGUGCACCCUGGCUGAGCACCCUGGAGCACUUCGACGCCACAAAGCGACAAGGCAUUCCUCAGAACGUGGUUCUGGCCUCUGCUCCCCUCAGUCGCCCGUGGUUCGGUGCCGUGCUGACGCUGCAGCAUUUGGAGCGUUUCGGGCCACAGCCAGACAUUGUGGCCUAUGGUUCUGCCGUGUCCGCGGCUGGCGCCGCCAAUUGGAAGGAGUCCUUGGCAUUGUUGCAGCUCAGUACUUGCGCUGGGCUGCGCCACAACGUGGUGUCCAUCACCGCAGCCGUGGUGAAGGCGUGGCAAAGCGCCAAUCAGCUGUUGGAGUCCAUGCGCCGCUGGCUCCGUUGCGACGGCCUCAGCGUGCAACGCGCCAUCAGCGCCUCCCUAGCGGCGUGGCGCAACGCCUUAGGACUUCUGGCGUCGAGUGAGGGCGAUAUCUCCAGCAUCAAUGCGGCCAUGGCCUGCGACGGUCUUCCAUGGCAAAGGUGUUUGUCUUUGCUCCCUUUCCAUCGCGCUGAUGUCUUGAGCUUUGGUUCCGCCAUCGCCGCCUUUGCCCAAGGUUACGACUGGGUGAAGGCUUCCUGGCUCUUACGCUCCAUGUCUUUGUAUGGGCGCCAGCCGGGUCCUUAG